AUGUCUAAAGUCCAACAGCUGAGAUGUUUAGUCAACCAGCGACUAACUGCGGCUGCGCAAGAGAUCUUUGGUCUGUUUGAAAGAACGAUAGCAGAGUACGAGGAGGAACUUUGUAGUUCCAGAGAGGAGAACGAGCGACACCGGAAACGACUGGACGCUGUGUUCAACCCGGAAGAGGACCCAGAACCCCCCCACAUUAAAGGGGAACAGGAGGAACUCUGGACCAGUCAGGAGGUAGAGCAGCUUCAAGGGCUGGAGGAGGCUGGUCUCAAGUUCUCAUUCACUGUAAAGAGUGAAGAUGAUGAAGAGGAAGCUCAGUCCUCUCAGCUUCAUCAAAGACAAACUGAACACAUGGAAACAGAAGCUGAUGGAGCGGAUUGUGGAGGACCAGAACCAGACAGGAAGUUAGAUCCAGAAAGACAUCCAGGACCAGAUACUGAUGAGACUGAGGACAGUGCUGAUUGGGAGGAGACUGAGGAACCUCAGUCAGAUGUGAACCCUCAAAACAAAGAAGUACCUGUAAGUGAUGUGAACUGUAGUACUGGAAAUACAUCAAUCAGCUCUCCUGAAUGUGCUGGAAGCUCUGACCACAAGGGACAUCUGGAGAAACCCACUAGCUCCAAAACAGGAGAGAAACCAUUUCAAUGCUCACUUUGUGACAAAAGAUUUGGAUUGAAUAAGUGUCUAAAGAGACACAUGAUUGUCCACACAGGAGAGAAACUAUUUAGUUGUUCUGUGUGUAGUAAAACAUUUACACAAAAGGGAACCCUGAAGGGUCACAUGACUGUCCACACAGGAGAGAAACUAUUUAGUUGUUCUGUGUGUAGUAAAACAUUUUCACUAAAAGGAAACCUGAACGCUCACAUGAAUGUCCACACAGGAGCGAAACCAUUUAGAUGUUCUGUGUGUAGUAAAAUAUUUACACGAAAGAGAAACCUGAACGCUCACAUGACCAUCCACACAGGAGAGAAACCAUUUAGUUGUUCAGUUUGUAGUAAACCAUUUAGACAUAAGGGAAACCUGAACUAUCACAUGAUUGACCACACAGGAGAGAAACCAUUUAGUUGUUCAAUGUGUAGUCAAACAUUUCAACGAAAGAGAAACCUGAACGCUCACAUGACUGUUUGUCCACACAGGGGAAACAUUUAGUUGUCAGUUUGUGAUAAAACAUUUUCACAAAAGCAACAUCUGAAACGACAUUUAAUUAUCCACACUAGAGAAACUAAUUAGUCGUGGAGUUUCUCAACAAGAUUUUCUUGUCUCGGUUAUUCCAACAUAAAUCUAUUCAGCUGAGAUUAAGCUACAAAUCAAUUUAUAUUCUUUGACGUCAGUUUCUCUGGUAUUGUCUUAUGUUUCAUGUGUUAUGUAUUGUCAUGUAUAUAUGAAUUUAAAUGGUUUUCCAUUGUCAAAGUAUUUCAUGUUCUCUAUGCAGCACUGUGGUUUGAGCUGAAUUCUCAUCGGUGAUGAAACUGAGGAACAUUUGUAACCUUCUUUCUCUUCAGCAACGUUUCUCUUCAGUUUAAACUCAAUACUUCCUUGAUUUAGUUUUACUGUAGAAACUGACAUUUUGUUCCAUAACUGAAGAAUGACUGAAUUGAGAACAGAAUUGUG